AUGUACCGUCCGACCAGGAAGGAACCGUUCCGCACAUCCGCACGACCGUACCGUCCGACCAGGAACCUAUCUUCCCGCGAUUGUCCCAACUGUAGCACCAAACAUAUCCAUCCGGCCGAUCCCGAUGUCCGACCGAAGAACCAACUGGCCACGAUCAUACCGACCGUACUGAUGGCCGGACACGACUCGAUUGCCGGCAGAAUGCAGCGACAGACCGUCCGAAUGGAAUCACAAGAGUUUGGUAAAAUCUGCUCAACAUCAAAGACACGCUCCUGUAUAGUAAGCAUUCCACAUGUUUCACAUAACCCUCGGAGGCGUUCAUACUUGAAUUUGAUGAGAGUAUUGACUCCUGGAGUGAACUGGAAGUUCUUCUGGAAUCGAAGUGGAUUGUCAACAUUCCAGAUGAUCUUCACUCAAACAAACUCCACUGCGGCUGCUGUUUCUGUUUGA